CCCUACAUGAUACAAUCCUAAAAGAAAGCUGCUAAAACCUAAAGCUGGUAGAAAGCUGCCUCCCCUCUCCUCUCCUCUCCUCUCUCAUCUCCCCCCUUUGGUGUUGUCUGUGUAGCAGCAAAGCCAAAAAAAACAACACUGCUCCAAACACCUUUGCUCCUCAUCCUCCUCCUCCUCCCUCUCGAUUCCUAGCUGUACUCACUCACUGCAUCUCCUCCUCCCCUUUUCGUUUGUUUAUUCUCUUCUCCGGCUUCCUCGAGCUCGCCUUAGCUAGAAGCCUGUGGCCCCGUGAUCUCUCACUGUUGUGGCUUAUAUAGAGAUAGAUAUCCGGCUCGGUUCCAUUGAUCCGUUCUUGUGGAGUUGUGUGAUCAGAGCUGGAGAGAUUGGCUAGGUUGGAGGAGGAAGGGGAAUUCUUGGUUGUAAGGGAAGAGGUGGGAGUGGUCACCGGCGGUGCGCGCGCGGAGGCGGACAUCAUGCUGAGUUCUUGCGCGCCGACGGCCGUGCCGCCGCAGGAUGCGUCCGGUGCGGCGACGGAGCCGUUCCGGUCUCUGCAGAUCGCCACCGCCGGUGCCGCCGCGAAGAAGAAGCGGCGGCCAGCCGGGACACCUGACCCGGACGCGGAGGUGGUGUCGCUGUCGCCGAGGACGCUGCUGGAGUCUGACCGGUACGUGUGCGAGAUCUGCAACCAGGGGUUCCAGCGCGACCAGAACCUGCAGAUGCACCGGCGGCGGCACAAGGUGCCGUGGAAGCUGCUGAAGCGGGAGGCCGGCGAGGCGGCGCGGAAGCGGGUGUUCGUGUGCCCGGAGCCGACGUGCCUCCACCACGACCCCUCCCACGCGCUCGGCGACCUCGUCGGCAUCAAGAAGCACUUCCGCCGCAAGCACAGCGGCCACCGCCAGUGGGCGUGCUCCCGCUGCUCCAAGGCCUACGCCGUCCACUCCGACUACAAGGCUCACCUCAAGACCUGCGGCACCCGCGGCCACACCUGCGACUGCGGCCGCGUCUUCUCCAGGGUGGAGAGCUUCAUCGAGCACCAGGACGCGUGCAACGCCGGCAGGCCACGCGCCGCCGAGGCGUCAUCGUCCCCGGGACGCGGCGGUGGCGUCGUGGUUGGUGCGCCGGCGGCAGCAUCGUCGUCUCAGCAGCAGCAGCUUUUUGCGGUGCCGGCUUCGUUGUCGCGGACGGCGUCCAGCGCCAGCCCGUCGAGCGACCUGGUGGUGAGCCCGGUGGCCUGGCCUGCUACUGGUGGUGGUGGUCCGGCAAUGGUGAGUCCCCGUGCUGCGGCGCCGGCUCCUGCUGGCGGUAGCAUCGCGGCGUUCCACCACCGGUUCACUGACCCGGCGCUGUCGCCACCGACGCCGUGUGGUGGCCGGCGAGGAGGAUGCCACACUACCCACAGCCUGGAGCUGCAGCUCAUGCCACCGCGCACCACCACCACCUGCGCAGGCGGCAGCCUCGGUGGUACUCCAGUUGCCACCGCCGUUGGGUACUACGCUUCCUCUUCGCCGCAUUCGCCUGCUGCUGCUCUUCCGUCGCGGCAGCCGGUCGCCGACGCAAUGCGGCUGCAGCUCUCGAUCGGGUUCGGCGGCGCACGCGAUGAUGGCAACAACAACAGCAGCAGCAGCAGCGGCGAGGUGUCGGCCUCGGCGACGAGGCUGAAGGAGGCCGCCCACGAGCAGCUGCGUCUGGCGAUGGCCGAGAAGGCGGCCGCGGACGAGGCGCGCGCGCAGGCGAAGCGGCAGGCGGAGCUCGCCGACCAGGAGCUGGCGACCGCGCGGCGGAUGCGGUACCAGGCGCAGGUGGAGCUCAGCCGCGCGCACGUGCUCCGCGACCACGCCAUACGCCAGGUCGACGCCACGCAGCUGCAGAUCACCUGCUACAGCUGCAGCCACAAGUUCCGGGCGAGAGCGGCCGCCAUGAUCAGCUCCGACGUCGCCAGCUACGUCUCGUCCGUCGUCACCGAGGGCGGCGACGCCGAGGUCGACAACGACGGCAACUUGCACCGCCGCCGCCUCAACGCUGACGAUGGCAUGCCAAGGGGCCAUUCUAGGACGAUGGCAAUGGACCUCAACUAGCUCGCAAAAAUCACUGGAAGAAAAAACAAUCUUUUUUUUUCUUUUCUUUUGUGCCAGAUUGCUCUCCUUUUGUUUUACCAAUGAGCUAGCUGGUGGUGGUAUGUGCUCAUGUGCAUGCACCAUGCAAUGGCGAUGUAUUGUAAUUAGAUGCAGUGAUGAGAUCACAAGCUCCAGUGCCUAGUGGUUGUGUUCUCUCGCAUGGCAGAUUGGCUGGGCAGGAAAAAGCUAAAAGGGGUCUACUACUACGCUAA